GGGGGUGGCGGAGGCCACGGGUGCGAAGCUGAGCGGGAGCGGCCGCUCCCACCGGGCUUGAGCCGAUGCUGGCGGCCGAGCCCGCCGCUGCCGGAGCCAUGUCCCAUCCCGAGGCGGAGCGGGCGGACAGCGGCUCCGCGCCGCAGCCGGAGCCGGAGCCGGGUCCAGGGCUCACCGGACGGGCCCCGCACCGUAACCGCAGCCGGCGGUCCUCGGGGCGCGAUUCACGACGUGCUUCCUCUCGCUUCAACCGGCGGAGCUCGGCCGAGCUGGAGCUGCUGGGGUACCCGGCGCCGGACGGAGUGCGCGGGGGGUCUCCGCCGCCGCCGCCGGCCGCUGUCGGGCUCCGGGAACCCGAGGAGACGGAGAGCGAGGAGGUGGAGACGCGGGCGGUCGCCACCUCCCCCGACGGCCGGUUCCUCAAGUUCGACAUCGAGAUCGGCCGCGGCUCCUUCAAGACCGUCUACAAGGGGCUGGACACGGAGACCACCGUGGAGGUGGCGUGGUGCGAGCUGCAGACGCGGAAGCUGUCGAAGACGGAGCGGCAGCGGUUCAGCGAGGAGGUGGAGAUGCUGAAGGGGCUGCAGCACCCCAACAUCGUCCGCUUCUACGACUCCUGGAAGUCAACUAUCAAAGGGCAGAUCUGCAUCGUGCUGGUCACAGAACUCAUGACGUCCGGCACCCUGAAAACGUAUUUGAAGCGCUUUAAAGAGAUGAAGCUGAAGGUGCUGCAGCGCUGGAGCCGGCAGAUCCUCAAGGGUCUGCAUUUCCUGCACACUCGCUCGCCCCCCAUCAUCCACCGUGACCUCAAGUGUGACAACAUCUUCAUCACGGGCCCCACGGGCUCCGUCAAGAUUGGGGACCUGGGCCUGGCCACACUCAAGCGAGCCUCCUUCGCCAAGAGUGUGAUAGGCACCCCCGAGUUCAUGGCGCCGGAGAUGUACGAGGAGAAGUACGACGAGGCAGUGGAUGUCUACGCCUUCGGGAUGUGCAUGCUGGAGAUGGCCACCUCGGAGUACCCCUACUCUGAGUGCCAGAACGCCGCCCAGAUCUACCGCAAGGUCACCUCGGGCCUGAAGCCCAGCAGCUUCUACAAGGUGAAGGUGCCCGAGCUGAAGGAGAUCAUCGAAGGCUGCAUCCGCAUGGACAAGAACGAGAGGUACACCAUCCAGGACCUGCUGGAGCAUUCCUUCUUCCAGGAGGACACAGGGGUGCAUGUGGAGCUGGCUGAGGAGGACGAUGGAGUCAAGUCUGGGCUCAAGCUCUGGCUGCGCAUGGACGACACAAAGAAGCUGCACGGCAAAUACAAGGACAACAACGCCAUCGAGUUCCUCUUUGAGCUCUACAAGGAUGUGGCAGAGGAGGUGGCCCAGGAGAUGGUGGUCCUGGGCUUUGUCUGUGAGGCCGACUACAAGCUGGUGGCCAAGGCUGUGCGGGACCGCGUGGUCGCCAUCAAGCGCAAGCGGGAGAAGCUAAAGCGUGUCCAGGGUGCGCCAUCACCCGCAGAGCCAGAGCAGCCGCCAGGCGUCCUGCGGCUCCUGGAGGAGCUCAAGUCCCCACUGCCACCUGGUGCCCCCACGCCUGCCCUGGCCACCCCUGGCUCUGGGGACUCGGCUUUCAGCAGCACCUUCCCCCUGGAGCCUGAGGAGCCCGAAGCUGACCAGCACCAGCACUUCACCUACCGGCACACCAGCUACUCCUCAGCCACCUCCGACUGUGAGACCGACGGGUACCUGAGCUCCUCUGGCUUCCUGGACUCCCCGGACCUGGCCCAUCGCAGCUUUGUGGCAGUGGACCCCACCAGCCCCCCGCCCACCCGGCCCGUGCGCUGCUUCCCCACGAGCAUCGCCGUGCAGCUGCCCACGGAGCAUUUGCCCCCUGCCAGUGGCUUCUCCUCCUCGGUGGACAGCUACACCUCGGAUGUGGCAUCGGGCAUGAGCGAUGGCUGUGAGGGGCUCUCGGCCAGCGAGCAGAGCACCAAGCUGCCGCCCAAGAGAGCCUCGGGGAAGCUGCUGCGGCGCCGAGCCCGGUCCAGGCUGCGCAUCACCAACAUCUCCGACAAGAACGACCGAGUGGUGGAGUGCCAGCUGCAGACCUACAACAACAAGAUGGUGACCUUCAAGUUCGACCUGGAUGGGGACAACCCGGAGGAGAUUGCAGCCGCCAUGGUGAGAGCAGGGGGGGUGAAGGUGGGGCCUGCCUGGCAGGGCUGGGUGCUGACCGGCCCCUCCACCCUCAGGUCCACAAUGAGUUCAUCCUCAAGUCGGAGCAGGAAAGUUUCAUCAACCGUAUCCGGGACAUCAUCCACCGCGUGGAGACCCUGCUCCGCAAGGACGGCCGCAGCGGCACCGAGCUGCCCAAGGGCCCCGAGGCUGACAGUGCUCUGGGCAGCCCUGUGGACCUGCAGCUGCAGGGGCUCUCGCGCUCCAUCUCCUCCUCAUCCUCACUCAGUGGUACGUCUGUGCCCCUGUGCAGGCCCUUCCUGUCUCCCCAAACCCCAUACAGGGCAGGUGAUGGCCUCAGCCAAGCCCAGAGGGUCUCAAAGGACAUGUCCUGCCCUGGCUGAGGCUGGCUGUCACCCCUAUGCCCCAGACCUGAGCUGCACCAGUCCCAGCCUCUCUGUCCAGUCCCCCGUCCUGCCGCUGCUGAGCCGCUCCCCAUCAGAGACCAACCUGGCCAGUCCUGUGGAGCCUCUGGCAGCCCGGGUGCCACUGGGGACCCCCACAGGCUCAGGACAGACCUGGCCCCUCGUCUCAAUGACUCCCUCCUGGCUCACGUCGUCACCAGCGCUGACACCAACACUGACUCCCCAGGGGACCCCAGGGGGUCCUGUUCCCCCAGCCCUGCCCCAAGCCCUCCUGUCCCCCCAGCCUCUCCCCACAUCCCCCAUUCCCUGUGAGCCCAGCAGUCCCCUGAGCCCCCCUGUGACCAGCACACCCUUGUCCCCCACUGCCCCCCUCUUGUCCCUGGCCAAUGUCUUCUCCCUGGCAGUGAUGACCGUGGCCCACACUGUCUCCUCCAUUGCCAGCUCAGGUGGGCACUUCUACCCACCACUGCUGCCACGGCCACAGAGUCUUGCCCUGGGUGUCCCACGCUUUGUCUACCCUGACCCCACCAGCACAGACAAGCCAGUCCCACCUGGCAGUGGGAUCCUGGAGUCAGUGGGAGCUGAUGUCCCCACUGCCGGGGUGCCCAUAUCCCCCCUUCCCUUGGUACCAGCCCCAGUGUGCCCCACAGGCAGCGGGGCCGUGGGGAGCCCUCUGCAGCUGCUGAGCACAUCCACAUCUGGGGGUCCAGAGGGCAGCACGGUGCUGCCCAGUGCCCCCAAGCCCAGCCACUCUCUGAUCAUCUCGGAGGCACCAGCCCCCAGCGUGCCCAAGGCCCAGCUCUCACCCAUCAAUGAAGCAGAAGCCAAGCCCCAGGUCCUGGGCCGGUUCCAGGUGGUCCCAGCCAAGGACCUGGCUGUGAGCUCCCCGGGGCCGGGCAGCAGUGACGGAGAGCAGCACGGCACAGAGCCAGCAGCGAGUGGCUCCCCGCCUCCCGCGGCCCCCGACACGAGCCACAGCUCGAGCAGUGACUCGGACGUGGCACCGGAGGCAGCGGAGCGAGGCCCCAAGGCUGAGGAGGUGCCAGCCGAGGGGGGCGCGGUGCCUGCUGCGCCAGCGGGGAGCGACCCAGGGGAGGGCCCUGGGGAAGAGAGCACAGAAAAUGUGCCUCAGGCCAUGCUGAGCCAGGUGUGGCUGAGCUACUCGCGCAGCUUGUCCUAUGUGAGCAGCGAUGACACUGAGAGCGAGGACGAGGAGAUCUGGGAGGAGCUGCAGAACCUGCGGCAGAAGCACCUGGCGGAGGUGCAGCUGCUGCAGAGCGCCCAGAAGAAGGAGAUCGAGGAGCUGUACCUGCGGAUGGGGAAGCAGCCACCGCUGGGCAUCGUCUCGCCUGCUGCCAUGCUGUCCGGCCGCCAGCGCCGCCUGUCCAAGGGCAGCUUUAACCCCUCCCGCCGCAACAGCCUGCAGCGCCUGGAGCUGGCGCCGCCCGCAGGCAUCAUGCGCCGUAACUCGCUGAGCGGCAGCAGCACGGGCUCGCAGGAGCAGCGCCUCAACAAGGGCGUGACCUUCGCCGACGACCUCGGGCGCGUGUAGCUGGCUGGCCAAGAAUGACUCCACGAACUACCUCAUCCAAGUGCCUGCUGCCCCGGGGCGGGCAGAGCCGGCCGGGCAGAGCCCGGGCUGCCCUUGGCCGUGGCCUGCAGCAGGGAAGCCGCGGGCCCGGUGCAGGCCUGUCCUACAGGCGUGUGCCCGCUGUCCCCAGCCCUUCUGCUGGAGGACACGAGCGAGGUGUCUCCGUCCCUCGUGCUGGAAGGAGCUGAGCCCGCCCGGAGGAGCCCCGGCUUGUCGCAGCCCUGCCGCACCUCAGCCCCGCCCAGCCUGCGGAGCGCCUUCAGCUCCCUGCGGCGCCGCCUGCUCCUGCAGCAGGACCCCGGAGCGCUUUGUUAGGAACUGGCGUGGGAAAAAUGUUUUCAUAAACAUGGAUUGAAUACAAACCGGGUCUGUGCGUG